AUGCCGUAUACCGUCCUCAUCUCCGGUGCCAACAAAGGCCUUGGUCUCUCCUUACUAGAAAAAUACCUCAGUCGCCCUGACACCACCGCUAUCGCCACUGUCCGCGACCCUUCCAGCAAAGAAGCCAAAGCCCUUCAUGACAUCCCCAGAGCUUCUGGCACCAACCUCAUCAUCGUCAAGGUCGAAAGCCGCUCCGACACCGACUGUCUCUCCGCCAUCUCCACUCUCAAAGACCAAGGAGUGACACACCUCGACGUCGUCAUCGCAAACGCAGGAUACUACAAUGUCCCCGCCGAACCUCAGGUUGCGAAGAUCUCGUCUCAGGUCUUGUUGGAGCAUUUUGAUGUCAACACCGCGGGACCCAUUAGACUUUUCCAGGCAGCCUUGCCUCUGCUUCACAAAGCAGAGAAGCCUGUCUUCAUGUAUAUGUCAUCCAUGGCUGGCUCCAUUGCAGCUACCGGAGAGGUUCCAUUCCCUGUUGGUGUUUAUGGUGCCUCCAAGGCAGCCUCCAACUUUUUGGUCCGCAGAGCUCACCAAGAGAAUCCUGACUUGAUUAUCUUUUCCAUGCAUCCUGNNGGUUUGUGUCCUUUUGUUUCUAGCUAUGAGAAAAAGUCGUUGCUGACUCUGGACAGAGCUGUGAAGACGCCUGGCGCUGUGCCGGUCAUCGAGAGCAUGGGCAUGGCUGACGUCCCCAACUUCUUCACCACUCUGGAACAAAGCAUCGAUGGCAUGGUUGAUAGAGUAAGUCACGAGAUCUGCACAUACCUUUGGCCUACGAGGGGACCCUUUGCUGACACAUACUCAGNNAUCGACAACGCGACUAGAGAAGACACGUCGGGCAAAUUCUGGUCUUUUGAUGGCAGUGUCUUGCCGUGGUGA